CACACUGGCAGAAAAGGGGAAGGCUCAAGAACAGAGACCAAAUGAGCAGUCACACAGUGCCGACUGGCUGCCUAGUUUGACAGGACUAGCACUCUCUCUCUCUCUCUCUCUCUCUCUCUCUCAGUUCCUCUGCCUUCCUUCAUUUCUUUUCUUUUAUUGGCUUUCUCUCUCUCUCUGUCUCUCUCUCUCUGUCUUUCUCCUUUGGACUGAGAGCUAGAGAGUGCAGGAAGACCCAGCGAAUGCAGACAGCAGCAGCAGCAGCAGCAGCAGAAGCGUCCCUCCUCUCUCAAGCCUCAGAAGGAGCCAAUGGUCAUGGUGAAGGAGAAAGUGGCCCAUCCUCAGGAAGCCCACCGGCCCCCGGAGAAACUGGUCAUCCAGUGUUACAAGUGCAGGGAGCCAUGUAAAGGGGAGGUGCUGCGCGUGCAGAGCAAGCAUUUCCACAUCAAGUGCUUCACCUGCAAAGUGUGUGGUUGUGACCUGGCCCAAGGUGGUUUCUUCAUGAAGAAUGGCGAGUAUCUGUGCACACUGGACUACCAAAGGCUGCAUGGAACACGCUGCCAUGGCUGUGGGAACUUUGUUGAAGGAGAGGUGGUGACGGCCCUCGGGAAGACCUACCACCCCACCUGCUUCGUCUGCACCAUCUGCAAACGGCCAUUUCCUGCUGGAGACCGCGUCACGUUCAAUGGAAAGGACUGUCUCUGCCAGCACUGCAUCCAGCCAAUGUCUCCUCCUCCCAAAGACAUCAGUGCUUCCAGCAAUUGUGCAGGCUGUGGCAGGGAUAUUAAAAAUGGACAGGCUCUGCUAGCUUUGGACAGACAGUGGCAUCUCGGCUGCUUCAAGUGCAAGGCCUGCGGCAAAGUUCUGAGUGGCGAAUACAUCAGCAAGGAUGGUGCACCGUACUGUGAGAGAGACUACCAGAUCCACUUUGGUGUGCAGUGUGAAGCCUGUCAUCAGUAUAUAACGGGGAGGGUUCUGGAGGCAGGCGAUAAAUACUACCACCCCAGCUGUGCACGAUGCAGCCGGUGCAACCAGAUGUUCACGGAGGGGGAGGAGAUGUACCUGCAAGGCUCUACAGUGUGGCAUCCAGACUGUAAGAGCAACAUCAAAGUAGAAGAGAAGUACAGGCUUCUCCCUCCCUCUGUAACCUCACUGCACCAAUCAGAAAGGCAGCCCACAAGGUCUUCGUCGGAGAGUAUCUGUUCUCGGCCGGGUUCCAGCAUCCCCGGCUCUCCUGGUCACACCAUCUAUGCAAAAGUAGACAAUGAGAUCAUUGAUUACAAGGACCUAGCAGCCAUCCCCCGAGUCAAGGCCAUUUAUGACAUAGAACGUCCAGACAUGAUAUCCUACGAGUCUCUGCACUCCACCUCCUCUACCCUGGAGAGACAGGGCAGACACAGCCCUGGAGAGUCACCAAGAACCCUGUCUCCCACCCCGUCUGCUGAGGGCUGUUAUGACAUUCGAGAACGCAUCAUGCAACGAUCCACCAGCCAGGGCUCCAUCGGCUCCCCGAUGUACAGUCGACACAACUACAUACCUACACUGUCUAAGACACCACAGCACUUCCACAGACCAGGCACUGAGCCGUCAAGUGGCCGGAGUUCUCCCUUGUCCUCUCGCUCGGCCACCCCGACCCUCUUUCUGACCCCUAAACAUUUCCACGUCCCAGACCAAGGCAUGAACAUGUACAGAAAGCCACCAAUCUACAAACAACAUGAUUCAGCUGCACUCGCAGCCCAAAGCAAGUUUGCUGGUGACAUCAUCAAAUCUUCCAAGUUCCCUGCUGCUCAAGCACCCCGACCGGAUGAAACAGCAAAGAUUGAGACUGACUACUGGCCCUGCCCUCCCUCCCUUGCAACCCUAGGUUCAGAUAUGAGGAGUCGCUCGCGAGAUGAAGAGGAGGAGGAACAAUUCAAACGAAGACAGCUCCAAGAAGAUCAUCUUAGCAAGAUCCAGUCUGGUCUUGGGAAGCUCAUUUUGAAGGAGGAGAUGGAGAAGGAAAUGAACAAAGAGAGAUAUGCUCGCAGUGUGGCAGCCCAGCGGUACGAGCCUCAGCACUCCAACUUCACUGCAGAUCCCAACUCUCCCACGUCUAAAACCUCUUCACUGCCAGGAUAUGGACGCAACGGCCUUCUUCGGCCGACAGAAUUCUCUCAGUAUAACAGUUACGGGGAUGUGUGUGGAGGUCAGAGAGAUUUCAAGCUCGUCCAAGAUGGCCAGGUUCCCCUAACCAGAAUGGACAGGGGAAUGUCAAUGCCUAACAUGCUGGAACAUAAAGUGUAUCCCUAUGAAAUGCUCACUGUCACCAACAGAGGGCGUACUAAGCUCCCAAAGGACGUGGACAGGACGAGACUGGAGCGUCACCUGGCCCCUGAAGUAUUCUUUGGUGUCUUUGGAAUGGAGAUCCAAGAGUUUGACAAACUUCCUCUGUGGAAGCGCAAUGAUAUGAAGAAGAAGGCCAAGCUGUUCUAGCCAGGACAUGUGCAUGUUUUAAUUUAUCAGUCACUCCAAUAAUGUAUUAUAGCUGUAGUUUUCUGAUUUGCUUUUCCUUUAUUCACUUUUAUUUUUCCUUUUUUUUGUUUGCUUCCAACAGUCUGAUACACGUGGACAUAAAUUAUAUACUUUUUUGAUUCAAAACAAAGACCACACCUUUUUUUCCCAAGGCAGAGUUUUCAUUUGAGUAGGUUUAAAAUGAACUGCGAUCUAACCAUUCAGAAGUGAGCAGAGGAGUGAAGACUGGUUAUUAUCUCUCACAUUUAACUCACAUGAAACCUGACUUCCGAGCAAAGCUUUACUCCCUUGCACUCCUUCCUGCCCUCUCAUAAAACAGGAUUGUAAUCUUUUUGGGGGGAAAGUGGUAGGGGGCUGAAGGCUGUCUGCAGGGUUCUUCCUCUAAACAGGCUAUUAAGGUGAUGGAAGUGGAGGCGCUCCAGUAGCCCCCUGCUGCUGUGGCCCUAACAAGGGCCUUGAUGUGUGUUAAUGGGGGGAAGUUAAAACUACUGUAUGUGACUGAAGAUGAGAGGCCUGGGCUCUACCUGUGGUGGGGAAGGCCUUAACAGACCAUCCGGGCUUCUGGAACAUAUUAGAACCUGAGGUGACAGAAAGACGCAUCUGUUAUAACGCACCCCCCUGCCAUCUCCUCUCAGUCAUCAGCUAAUACUGAAAUGGCUUAACAUGAUUUCUCUAGAAUCCAAAUCCUACUGAGCUGAGGAUCCCUUUUAAGCCCCAUUACCUAUUUUUAAUUUAAAACAAACGGAAAUAUUUGACAGAUGAGGUGCUGGUGAAAUGUUAGGAAACGAAAGCCGACCUCCUUCCUCUUAAAAAGAGUUGUGUGUUUUUUCACCACUAGAAGUCAGGCUUGUGUUAUUAGGGACAGUUGAGGACCCUCCCCCCCCCCCCCCCAUCUUACUUUUCAGACCCCUCCGUCAUUGGAAUCUGACAAUCCUCUUCUCUUGACCACUAUCUAAGCUGCAAUAUGUUUUAGCAACAUAUCACUUUGAAUAAAGUUGCAUUUGAAAAGUAACACCUUUGAUAUUACUGCAUUUUAUAGAGCUGAAGUAUUUCAAACUGCCACUGUGUUGCUGGGAGACUGAUGGAGCCGUAGCCAUAGCAUCUGUGUCACAAGUAGGUUGGAUAGCAGGGCCAUAUCUGUCAUUCCGUAUAAAGCUGCCAGACAGUGUUGUUCCCAUAUCACUGGAUGUGCUUGCAGUAGUGUUGUUGGCUGUUGGUGACCGUUAAUUCCCAGCAGUUUCCUGUGUUAUCCGCACGGUUAAGGACAGAGGACUAGGAAAUAGAAAAAAUACUGGGUUUAUAAGACACAACAAAAAUGUGAUGAGAGUAUGGUGAUGAAAUUCCGGUUUUGAUACCCAUCAUGACAAUGAUGUAAAAACUCAAAUGAGUAAUAAAUUUCUGCUUCAGA